AUGUCGGUAGAAGAAGAGUUGGAAGCAGAAGUAACAGUAGCUUUAGCUGCAGCUGAAGAAUCUGAAGCUGCGCAAGGUGUGGGUAAGGGUAAGGGUAAGGGUAAGGGUGUGAGUAAAGGAAAGGGUGUGGUUGAGGGUGAGGAUGAGCCUGUUUCUGAUGUGUCUAGAAGUGAAAUACUGAUCACUCCUAAUAAUACUAGUGGAGAUGAUGAGCCGGAUUCUUCAAAAAGGCCGUGUGUCACCAAGAGGGUGCCAUUUUCAAAAUCUGAUUUUGAGAAGCCGACUCUGCAGAAAGGUAAUACUUUUGAUAGUGUGUAUGAUUUCAGAAAAGCCAUUAAACAUGCCAAUAUAUUGAAGGGGAAGGACUUGGUUUACCAAAAGAAUUCUAAAUCGAAAGUAAUUGCAGUGUAUGGAGAGAAGAAUUGUAAAUAUAGGGUUUAUGGAAGACAGUUGAAGGGUGAGGCCACAUUCAUGCUGAUUUCGCUUAGGCCCAAACAUACAUGUGCUCGGAAAUACAAAAAUCAUUUGAUUAUUUCCAAGUGGAUUGCUGAGUGGUGCUUGGACAAUUUUAGAGAUCAACCGAACAUGCCUGUAGAAGUCCUGAAGAAGAAGGAGAAGAAGAAAUGGAAUGUUGAAAUCCACCCUGGUACCCUGUAUAGGGCUAGGAAGAGGGCACAAGAGGUGAUUUAUGGGAAGUUGGGUGAGCGGUACCAUCGUCUAUGGGACUAUUGCGUGACAAUCAGAAGCACAAAUGUGGGGAGUUGUGUUCUUUUGAUGGUUGAGAGACCUAUGCCCGAAAUGCCAUGUAGAUUCCAAAGGAUGUACAUAUCCUUGGCAGCAAUGAAAAAUGGCUUCAAGGAUGGUUGUAGGCCUGUGAUAGGCCUUGAUGCGUGUUUCUUGAAGGGGGUUUACAAAGGGGCAGUUGAUGGCAGCUAUUGGAAGGGAUGCCAAUAA